UUCUGCCACAUCUUAUGAGCAAAGGCAGCAGCUCUGAGUAAAAAGCAAAAAUCCCUGUCUGUUGUCCUGCAAGAAGAUGAAGCAUGGAGUUCGGAGAGCACAACUUCUGCUGCAGCCCUAACAAAAGAGUCAGCUGUAUAUUUAUAGGAGUCUAAAAACUGACUGCUCAGCACAAGCCAGUUUCUGGGAAUGAAUCUGUAGCAUAUGACAGGACAAGUCUAGGCUUGUUCUGAGAGGGUUCCCUGUUACGGAACAUACUAAAUGGAGGCAAGUCUAGGCUUGUCUACCGAAUACAUCUUCUCUGUCUGGAGUGAAAGAGAUGACAAGCAGCCUUGCCGCUUACCAAUGGUUCAGAGGCUGAAAACGCACCGUGCAUUUAAAGCAGGUGGCAUCCCCCAAAGAAUCCUGGGAAUUUGUGUGGACCCUUCACAGAGCUACAAUGCCAGGUGAGCACUCUUAACAAACUUCAUUUCCCAGGAUCCAUUGGGGGAAAUCGUGUACUCCAAACGUAUGGCGCAUACGCAGCCAGGUUGACAGAGAAAGUGGGGUGUCGCAGGAGUCAGAAAGUAGAGAAGGAAGGGGGGAAAUGACGGAUCUGAGUGCACACAUCUUGCCCAGAUCUUUUUUGGAAACAGGAUACUUUCUUCACGGGUUCCCUCCCCGCACCCCAACCACCAUCAAAUCACAGAGCAUGUCUCUCUCCCUUGAACCGGUUUUGUGCUGCGCAGCCGGACAAUGGUGCAAAAGCAGGGAUCCAAGUUCUUGUGGGUCCCCAUAUCUUUUUUUAACAAACUGUCUCCUCAAAACCAUCAAGUCACAGGUGUACGGCCAGUGAUGGGUUGUGCGCUUCGCUGCCAUGCUGCGUAAAAAUCGUGAAAGAUCGGCGAGAAUCAAUACCUCCGAUGAGUCUUUUUGUGGUGCGUGCCAGCAGCGGAUCUUUGAAUUUAUUUAUUUUUUUAACUCAUAAUGAAAAUCAACUUGCUUCUGACUUUUGGGGCGGAGGGAUGUAAAAUCAGACGGAUUCAGCAUCACAGCAAACGUUUUGCCAGACCCUUGUGGAAAAGCAAACAAGGACUGCAUAAAAACUACUAUACAUUAGAGCACAUCCUUUCUCACAACGUAUCCCUGGAACUGCAGCUUAUUAAGGGUGCCGGGAAUUGUAACUUUGCGGGGGGUAAACUACAAUUCCCAAGGUUCUUUGCAGGAAGCCUUGAGGUGUGUACACAGCUAAUCUCUCUGCGUGUGAGAGAGGUGUUCCUAUGAAGACUUUCUUUCAGUGUUUGUAUGUGAGGAAGGGCAGAAAGGGAUGUGGGGGGAGGAGAAAGAGGCCACGGUGGGGGACGAUGGCGCACAGGCAUAGCUGCCAAGUUUUCCCUUUUCUCGCGAGGAAGCCUAUUCAGCAUAAGGGAAAAUCCCUUUAAAAAAGGGAUAACUUGGCAGCUAUGCGCACAGGGCACUCUCAGAAUGCCAGAUGCGCCCACGGGCCCCCAUAGCUUGGCGACCCCCUGGACUGUGCAUGUACAAAAGCAGCACCUCAGGGUGGCAGGCAGACUUUAUGCUAGCUUGCUACAGGCGAGGACCUCUUCCCAUAGAGCCCUUAAGGGGCAGCGGAUGCACAGACGGGUCGAAAGUCCAGUUGCCGUUCUCCGAGUGACCCACUUUUGAUGGGGAAGUUCCUGCGAACCGUGUCAUGCGCAUGUGCCCCGGCCCCGCUGCCCCGGUCCUAGGCUUGUUCCUGGUCGUGACAUCGGGCCGCCGAGAGAGGGAGACAGCGCUCCUGGAUAGAGACCUGCGGAGCCGUGGGAAAGGAGGAAGGGAGGCGCAGCGGCGCAGCGGAGGGAAAGAGCGGACUGGACGGCUCCGCCCGGCGGGGAAGGGCUGCUCGAAGGACGUCCGCGCCGUCGGGAAGGGGGAAACGUCGACCGAGGAGGGGAGAUCGCUGCUGCGUCCUUGCGCGCGGGCGCCGGGAGGGAUCCCUCUGAUGAUCUGACGGGUCCUUGAGGGAGCCCGGCAGCAGGGCACGAAGGCUGCAUACGGGAGAUGCCCUACUGACACCCCGUGAGCUCUUCGGCUUCGUGGGAUGGAUCCUGCCCCCGGCUCGGACAUGGAUGGAGCGGGGGGCGGCCGCGGCGAGGCGGAUGAGCUGGCCAACGCCGCUGCCCGGGGGGACCUGGAGGCCGUGAGGAGGCUGCUGGAUGGCGGAGCGGACCCCAACGCGGUGAAUCGCUUCGGCAGGGCCCCGAUCCAGGUUAUGAUGAUGGGGAACCCCGGGGUGGCUCAGUUGCUGCUGCAAAGAGGAGCCGGACCCAACCGGCCCGAUCCGUCCACGGGCACGUUCCCGGUCCACGACGCGGCCCGCGGGGGCUUCCUGGACACGCUGCGGGCGCUGCGCGGAGGGAGCGCUCGCUUCGACGUGCGGGACCGCUGGGGACGCCGCCCGCUGGACUUGGCUGAGGAAAGUGGCCAGAGCCGGGUGGUCAGUUACCUCCGGGAGACCUCGGGCUGAAACUCUCUUGACUUGAGAUCCGGGAUCAAGUCAGAGGACCAAGCGGAGAGGUCUCUCCCCCCGCGGAGGAGACUCGCGGGUGCGUAAGCUUGAGAGGAGACCCUUUGGCUUGGCUCUUGAAGCCCACCCGACAGAGACGAGCGAGAUGGAGCUGCGGGGACCUACAGUUCGGCUCCAGCUUAAACUCUACGAUCCUGCUUCGUUUGAAAUGUGGCUUGUUAGAUGUUUACAUGCUUCCACUACGCAUGGAGAGACCAGUGUCUCCUGGUCUCUUUCUCCCACCCAUGGCAGUCUUCCAUGUGCAAUGAUGUUCUAAAAGGAAACUGAGGCCAUAGUCCAGGGCUUGGGGAUUUGUGGCGGCACCUCAGAUUUUGCGGGAUGAACAGCUCCCAUUUAUCCUUGACCAUGAUUCCUCACAGUGGAUGGGGGUUGGUGUGGCAGUGCUGGAUUUAGGGCAGGGCAGGGCAGGCCACCCCACCCCCCACUCCACCCACAGGGCACCGAGCCAAGGGGGUGCAAAAUUGAGAAGAUCCAUUUCAGGGUGCCUUGCACAGGGUGCCAAAGAAUCGCCGAGUUGGAAGCAACCACAAGGGUCAUUUAGUCCAACCGCCUGCACUGCAGAAAUCUUUUCACCUAAUGUGGGGCUCGAACUCAGGAACCUGAGAUUAAGAGUCACAUGUUGCACUGACCAAGCUCUCAUAAAAGAUUUCCAAAGCACACCCCAACAAUAUCUGGAGGCCCCCACACAUAGCUGCCAAGUUAUCCCUUUUUUAAAGGGAUUUUCCAUUAUGCUGAAUAGGCUUCCUCGCAAGAAACGGGAAAACUUGGCAGCUAUGCCCCCACAGGGUCACCACCACCCCAGUGGUAGCCAAACUUGUAUCACCUACUCAUCUCCCCCCCCAAAAAAAAAAAAAUCUGCAAAAGCCCCAGUCUCAGAUUAUGAAGCUCUGCUCCGGUUUGUGUUAUGGGUAGGGUUGCCCGACUCAAUAGUGGACAGGACUUCUGUGCCUUUAAUUGCCCUGCUCUCUUUUGAGCCUGGAAACCUUCAAGAGAA